GAGGGCGCGGCGGCCAGAGGGGCGCCGGUGGGGCGCGGCGGCCGGGCGCGAUGCGGUACAACGAGCGGGAGCUGCUCUCGCUGUCGCGGCAGCCGGCCGAGAAGGCGGCCGAGAUCCUCAUGCGGGCCCCCAAGAAGGGGAGCGUACUGAAGAAGCGCCUUGUGAAGCUGGUUGUCAAUUUCCUUUUUUACUUCCGAACAGAUGAAGCAGAGCCCAUUGGUGCUUUGCUGUUGGAACACUGCAGAAUCCACCAAGAAGAAAGCAAUGUUUUUUCUAUCGGUUUUCUCGAAGAGCCCGACAGGAAGUACUACUUUGAGUGUGACACCGCCGAGCAGUGCCAGGAAUGGAUCGAGGUGCUGCGGAGAGCCAGUUACGAGUUCAUGCGAAGCAGCCUGGUGUUCUAUCGGAACGAGAUCCAGAAGAUGACGGGGAAGGAUCCUUUGGAGCAGUACGGCAUCUCCGAAGAAGCUCGUUUCCAGCUGGGCGUAGGGAAGCUGUGAGCCCGGACCGUUGGCCCCCCCACACUGGCCACGAGGACUGAAUUGCCAAGCCCCCUCAGUGGGAAGGAGGCGGCCGUACACUGGAAUUUAGCCAAGUGACAUUCGCCCGUUGGUUUUUGCCUUCAAGCAGAGGCGGCUUUAUAGGGUUUUUUUUAAAAUAAGGGAAUCUCAGCUCUACGCGGCUCCUCCGACCUAUCUAGGUGCUCACUGGUGUUGCUUCCAGUCCUUGGUUGGGGGGAAAAAAACAACCUACCUCGAUAUUACCUUUAAUUUCCAAAUUGUGUGCUUGGAGAAAUUUAGUAGGCCCUGUAAACCUAACCGUGAGACGCCUGCUGCGGCUCCGGCUGCUUCAAUUUGUUCAGCUUUUGGUGGGUGGCAAGUAACAAAGAGAGCGUUCAGUCAUUUCUGAUAUGACACAGGUGGAAGCUGCCGGUCACCUCCCUGCAUGAGGUGCUCUAGAUCGGUGCUCACCUGGCUGAGAGAACCAAGGACUGAAGGCACCUCUGGUUUUGAGUCUGGGCCGCUCAGAAAUCUGGGACAUGAUUGGGUAACUCCAUAUGACUAGGGGAGGUUUUGCAGGAUAUAGAUUGUACACCCUCAAAACAUUGGCAUCCGACGGCCCCCAAUUCUGUCAACUUUUUGGAUCGGAUCUGAAAGGCAUGGGCAGUGUUCAAGCAGAGCAGCACUGGCGCUUUGCUAGUCUGGGAUUUGCGGCUUGCCCCCACGCAGCGCAGCCACUGUCUCUGCCAAACUUAGGCCGGCCCCAAAAUGGGCACAGCAGAGUCUUUCCGAGCCCAUGGCAGCAUUCCCUUACUUCAAUAGAGCACACAAUUCCCCUGUCUUGUUGAAUGUAUGUAACAGACGCUGUGAAAUUUUUGCGGGCAUUCAGGACACUCCCCUGACCUUCUUCACUUAGUAGGUGGUUGGCUAAAGCACUCAUGAAGCUUUUUUUUUUGGGGGGGGGGGUCUUAGCAUUACCCACCAGCAUCCAAAAUCUCUCCUGGUUCCCCCCUUAUGGGCUGCAGUGUCAGUGGCCAAUUGCCACUGCUGUUCUUUGGAGCGAGAAAGGGACCUGUGUGUGCCAUGAUGUCACUUCCCCC